AUGAGAUUGUUAGCACGAGCGAUCUGUACCGUACUUUGGAUCAAAUUUAUACUUGCAAAUGAAAGCUAUCAUGAAAGUUUAGAUCUUAAGCCACUACCUAGAAAUAAAUUGUUAACUGGGUUCAAUUUUCACACAGAAUCGUCACCAUUUCAAAUUUUAAAAGAUGCUGAUAUAAAUGAUUCAACAACCUCCAAAAUUAGUCAUUAUACUUUAUUUCCAAACACAUUGGGUCCGAUACUAGAAUCUACAGACACAAGAGAAUUAUCUUUGAAAUUUACACAAGGUUGGUGGGAUUCUCAGUCUUGGGGCAAAUUACCGCAUGAUGGAUUUUUUAGUGGUGGAACUGGUGUUGAAGUAGUUGCUGUGAUUGAAGCAUCUAACGUUUUAGAUGCCAAACAAAAAUGGUCGAAAUUAACCAAAAUUUUAUCAGGAUUCUUUUGUGCUUCACUCAAUUCGAUUAAUGAUGAAAUAACAACUUUUCCAAAAUAUGCUGUCGAAAAUGUAAAUAUUGAGAAUUAUCGAGCUCGCUUGGGCAAUAAAUUAUUUAUAUUCAGAGCUUCAUUACCUAGUGAGCCAGUUUGUACCGAGAAUUUAACGCCUUUUAUCAAACUAUUACCAACAAGAGGGAAAGCUGGUAUAUCAUCACUUUUAGAUGGUCAUAAAUUAUUCGAUUCCUUGUGGCACGGUAUGUCAGUGGAUGUUACAACUGUCUGUGAUGACGAGAAUAACUGUAAAUUAAAAUUACAUCAAACCAUUAAUCAAGUUAUUGAUGUCAUAAGAUCAAUUCGUAAAAAAGCUGAAGGUAAUAUACCUAAACCCGUCUCGGGGGAUAAAUUGAGAUGUGAUCAGAAUAAAACACAAAAUAUAUGGCAAUGCUUCCCAUUGAAUGAUCCAACAAAUUUGGAAUGGAGUUUAGCAACUUUAUUUGGAAGAAAUAUAAAAGGUCCUGCGUUCGAGGAUGAUCCAGAAGUAACAAGAGUUAACGUUGAAUUUAAUCCUUCAUCAUGGCAAAUAGAAAUGCAAAGAGAUAAUCCAACAACAAUUAUUACCAACUCGUUAAACACUCAUGGUACAAUUAAAGCUUCAGAAGUUAUAAAUGAACAAUACAGUUAUGAUUUUAAGUUUGUUUCUACAGACAGUAAUGACGUUGUACCAAUUCAAGCACCUCCAUUGCAAGUUUCUCGCUCUUUGAUGGGUUAUUCAUUGGACAAUGGUGGUUUACGUUCGGCUUUCACAAAUCCCAGCGAUAAAGAGGUGGAUUUUAUUUAUUUCGAGUCAUUACCCUGGUUCAUGAGAUUAUAUCUUAGUAGUUUGGAACUUACUUUAAAAAACUCAACAGGCUCGUUUCUGGUUACUGAUCAAUCGAAAUAUAUCAAACAAAGUUAUUAUAGACCAUCUCUGGAUAGGGAAAGGCCGUCUCAUAUGGAAUUAGUAAUGUCAGUGCCUCCGAAUCUGACACUAGCAAUGACCUAUGAAUUUGAUAAAUCUUUAUUACUUUAUCGUGAAUACCCACCGGAUGCAAAUCAUGGAUUUGAUGUUGAACCAGCAGUGAUAAUCGUGAAAGAUAAGAACGAUCUGAAAAUUUAUGAAUUCAGAACUACAAGUUUAUUACUAACCCUUCCUACUCCGGAUUUCUCCAUGCCUUAUAACGUUAUCAUUUUGACUUGUACUGUUUUAUCUUUAGCAUUUGGUGUUGUAUUUAAUUUGUUAACAAAAAAAACGGUGACUGAAGAAGAAUUUGAACAAGUUUCUCAAAAUAGUAACUUUGCAAAAUUAAAAACUUUGGUGCUAUCAAAAAUCUUGAGAAAAACUAAAAUAGAUUAA